AGAGAGAGAGAGAAAGGAGGAAAGGGGGUAACAGAUAUCAGCGUUCAUACAUUGCCAAGCGCCAACAGCAUGAAAACACACACAAUGUUAGGUUUACAGCACAGUAGAACAGAGGCUGUUUAAGUUCACUCCAAGUAGCCUGUGACCUUAUCUUUCAAUCUGGCUUUUUUGGACCCUUGCUUGGAGAAUUUAACAUCGUCCGCUGCAGUUCGUGUUUUUCCUCAAACUUUCAUACAGAAGAUCGUUUUAGUGCGGGGAUUCUCUCACUGAUAGAAGUUGGAUAAUGUUCAUUUUCUAAUUAAAGAUGGAUUACCUGUAUUCGCUUUAUACUGUGUUAUUUUUGACUGGAUUUUGUGGCUACACAAAAGGCGUGAAUCCCAACGAGCGUUUGAAUAUUUCUGUGUCCAUAUGGGAUGGGAAGACGACCCUUCACUGGAAAGCCCCGGAAUGGGCUCCGCCUUCCUCUCAUUAUGACAUUGAGCUGACACCCUUACAGAAUGGAAAUGCAAACUGGAUAGCUGUUCACCACUGCAACUUAACCCUGCUGUCCUGUGACCUCUCUGACAUCAUCAAUGGGACAACCCAUAAAUACCGGGCCCGGGUUCGACUCAUCACUGAGCAGAACAACUCAACCUGGUCCAAGAUCACAAUUAAUCUCAGAGAUAGUAAGCUCCUGCCCCCAAUCUUCUCGCUUUCUGGUAAUUCGUCUUCAUUGAAUGUCAGAAUACACACCAGUCCCAUCCUGCAAAAGAUCUUCAUGUAUGGCCUCAACUAUCACAUCUACCUGCAAGAAAAGGGAAAUGUCAAGAUGAUGCAGAACGUAACAUGGAAUUCCAUGGAGCAGAUACCAGAGGUGAGCUUCAGCUCGCUGCAGUGGGGGCGAGAGUACUGCGUCCGUCUGCACGUCGAGGACAUAGCAGGGAUAGCCGCCAGCGAGGCGUCCGAGGAGCAGUGUCUCCUGCUGCCACUCCCAGAGUGGUACCCAUUUUUGGUACCGACCAUUCUCAUUUGCGCCGUGGCAGUCGUAUUACUGGUGGCCCAAUUUCUACACGGCUUCUUAAGGGAGCCAGAGAAAUUACCCAUCACACUGAAAUCCCCGGGAACUGGAUGGCGACCACUCACCGUGAGAGAAGUUUCAGUCGAGAUCGUGACGGAUAAAGGGUUUCUCCUGAUCAGCCGAAAAGCCGAAGAGAAAACCAAGAAAUUGACGGAGCUGAUGACAGCGGAGGAGAGUGAAGAGAGGAGGGACAGCAUGGACAGUGGGGUGAGCAUGGGCCAGCAUUCCUCAGAGAUGGACAGGGAGGCGAGGCAGGACACUGUGAGACAACAGAAGGAAGACAGCGGUUGUGAGAGUCUGGAUGGAGCUGAUGGCAGCACUGGCAGGAGGGGAUUGCAGGACCUCUCUGUACUACAAAAGAAGAACGAGAAUGGAAGCUGUGUCCCACACCAGCCUGACAGUGUGGCAUCUCAGUACACUGACGCCAGCAAUCUGGACGCUGAGGAUUCUGGCUUGAUGCCUGAGCAUCUAGUGCCUCUGGUCACUCAGAAACUGACUCAAGGAUUCUCUGAAGUCGAGACUGGGGAUCAAGGGCAGGCAGAAGGAGCAAUCCAGAGUGACAUGGACAACUGCGUAGCUGUCAGCGUCGGGUAUAGGCCCAGCCAGCUGGCGUGUGUUUGUUCAGGCCAAGGUCAAUGCCUUUGGUGCCGUGUAGGAGGAGGACAGCAGCAGACUGAACAUGAGAGCCAACCUGUGACACAUAAACAUAACUCCUCAACCCUCUUUAUCCAAGAGGAAGACCUCAAAAUUACUGUUCCCCAAUCCACGGCACUGCUAGAGCAAGCAGAUUUGUCAUUCCUCACGCUCUCGCUCCCCAAAGACUCCACCGAAGUUUCCCCUCUACGUAUAUCCAUGCCACAGUUAAGCAUGUUGGACAAUGGCCUUGAGUUUGCACCCACCGUCAUGCCCAUUUCAAUUUAUGACAUGGACCUGACCUUCGGGUAGCAAGCUGCUGCCACAUGCCGGGUCCAUGUCUCAUGCACGAGCACAGAGCCGCUGGCCUGAGGCCGGUCACGCGUUUGCAGUUUCCAUGGCGCCAUCUUGCCGUAUUACUAAGCCGAAUGUCCUGUCUCGAAUGUGAUCACUGAAUGAGGUGGAGGUUGUGUGGGACGGGGAGGGGGGAGGUUGGCUUAUCAGCAUCACCCCAUCCCCUCUGCUCUACUAAUUCUGAAAGGCGGAAGUGCGUUAGCGGUGAGCUGUAGGAAGCGUGAAGCACUCACCAAUGAAGACAGCGCCCAAUGAGAAGUGUGACAGCUUCUGUGAACCGCACUGUACUCGCGACCACGUCUUCAUGUAAAUACAAUAUAUUUUUUUAUCCGACAAAGUGUGUAAAACUCUUUGCAGCCGGUCAGGUUUUUAGUCACCAGAUCACGGGGUCGCAUAUUUUGUUUUUCAGCUUUCAAGACAAAUUGAUCUUAUGUGCAGAGAUGCGAAAAUCAGCCUUUGUUGUUUUGAUACAACGAAGAACUGAAAAAAACAGGUGCGCUCUUAAAAUGAGACGCCAAACUGUAGGAAAUUGAAGCUUUAGCCUAUAAACACCUACAUUUCUUGCUGAAAUGAUUUCAUUUUCGACCCAUAAAUAUAUUUAACAAUGUGUGUGGAAGUGCCUACAUUGGAGCCCCAUUUCUGUGAAAUGGCUAGUUUCAUGCUGAUACCAUUCAACACAUGACACUGACUCACUUCCCUUUAUAAACACUUUUGUUUCUGUGUUGCAUCUAAACCCACAUUGUUUUUUAUAUAUGACUCCUGUCAUGCUGUUUGCAUGUAUUACUUACUCCAGCUUAUUCAGACUAUGAAAAGGACAAGUACAUGUAAAACACAAAACGUGAUAAUAAAAAAUACUGUUAUA